AUGAUAUUUGAAAAUGACUAUGUUACCGCCAAAAGAGAAGGGUCAUCACUACUACGCGUAUGGCCAUGCAUACCAAUUAAAAAUGAUGAAUACUCAUUCAAAGCUACUAACCUUAGCGAAUGUUUCGACUUAAUCCCAAUCCAGUUCAAAGCAGAAAACCGGGAACACUUAGCAUUUCUUAACCCGCUAACCAUGACAAUUGAACCCACAGCUCGAAAAGCACCUUGUUCAACAUAUGGGAAAAUAAUCGUAGAAAUAAAUCAUGAGGUACUAGAAGUAAACCAGACCUCAGGGGAAUUUAGAAAAAUUCAACCCCGUCCAAUCAAUUUAAGGGAACUCAAAUCCUACAGCAUACCUGAAAUAAAAUCACACUCAUUCCAUCAAUUAAUGCUAGUAAAUCUCACGGAUCUCAAAACGCAUACAUUCAUGAGUAACCUAGUCCGUGCAAGCGAAAUCUCAUAUCGCAUCGAACAAAAAGACAUGCAUAUAGUAAAAACGCUCUCCGAUCAAUGGAAAGAGGCAGGAAAUAGUCUCGUUACUGAAAUUAUUGGGGACUAUACAUGGAUUUGGAAGUGA